CAAAUCAAAGUCUAUAACAGGAUGGAGUGGCUCAUCUCCAUCAAUAAAUUCGUGUAAGGAGUGGCCUUCACACUCUGAUAGUAUGGCUUCUAUUUCAUUUGCAUUGUCUGCACCAAGGAAAUGCCUUGGUUUAACACUAUUAUCUCAAAUUUUAUAUAGAGAUACACCUAUAUCGGAGUCUCU